ACCCGAGCGGUAUCUCCAUGGUUAAUGUACCUGGCUGUACCUGUGGCGGUUAGCUAGCUAAUCCGUGAUCAUUUGCGGGCUCAGUUGAUAUUUGUUACUGUGAGGACAAUACUUCUGUUGUUUACAGCUCUGAGCAGAAGCUGCAAUGGAAACUCUGACGAGGCACAUGUUGUUGUGUAUAGGUAGCCUGCUUCUGUUUGCACGUUCAGCACGUCCAUAUACCAAAGGCGCUCCUGAACACGCAUGCGCUGACAUGAUGCCACAUCAUCAUGAUCAACCCGCCGCCCAAACAGACUCGCCGUUUGUGUUGCUGCUACAGAAAGCCACGUACAGCCCAGGGGAGGCCGUGGAAGUGACACUUGAAGGGCGCUGUGAGGAGCAGUUCAAGGGGUUUCUGCUACAGGCACACAGAGCUGACCCUGUCUACAACACCUCCGACUACAUCGGCAGCUUCAUCACAACGGCAAUAACAUCAGCUGUGUGCGAAAACGGAGACGGGGUACCGAGAGGGCUAACACAAAAUGAGACGAGUCCGAAGUCGGUUGUCAAGGCAACAUGGACAGCGCCAUCAACAGCCUCUGGACAUGUCAUCUUCAAGGCAAGUUUCGUGAAGAACUAUUCAAAGUUCUGGGUCCGGAUCAACUCCGCUGUUCUGACUGACCCCACGGCUGCCCCCCUCAGUGUUCCAGAGAGCUCACUCGUGUCCCCUACGAUGGCGCCCUGCACGACAGAAACUGCAACGUCAGCACCUACAGAUUCAACAGCAUCUGUAACACAGCCGCCACAGUCAUCCCAGUCAGGUGCAUCAGCAUCACCAACUACAGAAGCAAAACAGUCGACUGCACCACCAGGAGUGCAGACUUCACCGCCUUCAAGUAUAUCACGUGACAUUAAGUGCGGAGUACGGCUGGGAUGCUUUGACGACUGUGAUAAUGGAUGCACGUUCUCGAUCACGUGGGUGCCAGAGGACAGCAACAUUCGGUUCCAUCUCAGGUCGUUUUCAACUGGGGACUCGUGGAUUGCCAUAGGAUUCUCUGAAGACUUAGAAAUGGGUGACGACAGCGUCAGCGAGUGCGUCGUGUACGGUGGCGAUGUCAAAGUGUUCCAGUCAUAUAACACAGGAAUCAAUAACGACCGUCUAGCGCAACCAGAGCUGGGACUGAGCGACUUACAGGGCUCCGUCAACAACGGCAUUUUCGACUGCAGCUUCUUGAGACAGACUGAUGGGUUCGGAGAUGUCAAGUUGUUCAAUCUGACACAGGACUGGCAUCUCAUGUUUGCUCGCGGCAAAGCUACAGCCGGUUUUAGAAAGAGCCGCCAUGUGACCACGCCGGCAGUGACGUCAUCGCUGAUUGAUCUUCAGGCGACAGGCAGCGCCAGUAGUACAAAACUGAAAUAUCCUCUGGUUCAAGCCCAUGGGUGUUUAAUGUCCAUAGCAUGGCUCUUUUGUGCCAGUAUAGGACUUGUCAUAGCCAGGCACUUCAAGCCGAUGUGGCCAGACAAGAACAUCCGGGGCCUCAAAGUCUGGUUCCAGAUACAUCGUAUGUGUAUGGGGCUGACGUUUGUCGCAACAGUCGCUGCGUUUAUCAUCAUCUUCAUAGAGGCCAAGGUUUACAGCCAGAUUAAUGGGGAAGAUUAUAAACAAUCGCACCCAGUAUUAGGAAUCAUCGUCACGGCCAUGGUCCUCAUUAAUUCUGCUACCGGCUCCAUCAAUCCUGGCCCGGUAAUGGCGUACUUCCGACCUGGCCCCACAUCGGAGAGAAGACCUCUCUUUAACUGGGCUCACUUCCUGGUUGGGAUAGGGGCGUAUUGCAUAGCAGUUAUUAAUAUAUUCUUCGGACUGAAGCUGAGCAAGUCGGGCGCUCCUGACUACAUGGUGUACGUGCUGGCGGGCUACGUGGUCUGGCAGCUCAUCACCGAGAUCAGCCUGGAAGCAUUGCAGUGUCUCUCCAAGCAGAAAGAUGCAACAAUGUUUGACGGGAUUCCGAUGCAGAAUAAGGCCAACUCAAACCCCUCCGACAAGCCGUUGGGAUCAACACAGGUUCAUUACGUGACCUUGAAGCACCUGCUACUGGGGCUGCACGUGUGUCUGGUGACCGGCUUCACGGCGACAGUCGUCAUACUGCUGCUUUGAGACAUCCAUAAUCUUGUCAUAUCAUCUGAUCAAACACAGACAUAACAAUCAUGACGUGAAACAGAAAAUGGGAAACAUGCUUUUGGUUUUUGAAAGUCAUGAUACAUUGAAUUGAUUCCCACUGAAUUCACGACAACAGUGUCUGACUAUAAUACACAUAACUGCUGACGCCAGCGCAUUAUUUAGACUUUCUAUAAAGUAUAUUUAAUUUCAUAGCUACUUGAACUGUUAAGAAAGGGAAGAGAGCCCAGUGGUCUCAUAUUCCUCAAUUCGUUCUACAAAAUUGUAUCCCUCAGUCGUGUCAGGAUCUGCUGACCCUCGGCUUUCCACAGAUUCCCCCUGAUUGUGAUCGUUGGGUCCUUGAACCCAUACCAACACUCGUUAGUUACACCAAAGGCGUAGACGUCUAAGACCAGUGUGGCUGUCAUCGUGAUAUAACUGAAAUACUGUUAAACUGCCUCAUUCACACCAGACCCGUGAAGAUCCGAAGUAGAAAAUGCUUGCCGUAAAUGCGACUGUGCUUGUAAGGCGCGACGAACGGGAUCGGGUGG